CGCAGUGCAGGCCCCUCGGCAGUUGAUCGCCGACUCACCUCCCCGCCGGACGCAGACUCGCCGCGCGAGAAAGCAAGCCAGCCAGACCACCAUGACGACGUGGACGGCGAGGACGGCGCUCGUGCUCGCCUGCGUCGCGCUCAGCGCAGCGCUCGCGGCCGAGCUCGUGAGGGAGAGGCGGCAGGACGACAAGGACCCCGCCGACCUGGACGACAAGCAGACGGCCGAGCAGCUCUGCGAGAACAGGCCGCCAGACGAAUACUUCCGUCUCACCACCGAGGGCGACUGCAGGGACGUCGUCAGGUGCGACCGCGCCACCGAGAACGGCGUGACCCGCCUCGCUGGAGUGCGUUGCCCCAACGCCCUAGCUUUUGAUAUUGAGCGCCAGACUUGUGACUGGAAAACCAAUGUGAAAAAUUGUAACCAACUCGAGAAGCCCCGCAAGGUGCUGCCCCGCCUCAAGACGGACGAGCCCGUGUGCCCCGAGGGCAAGCUGUCCUGCGGCAACGGCGAGUGUAUCGACAAGGAGCUCUUCUGCAACGACAAGCCCGACUGCAAGGAUGAGUCCGACGAGAACGCCUGCUCGGUUGAGACCGACCCGAACCGCGCCCCCGACUGCGACCCCUCCCAGUGCUCGCUGCCCGACUGCUUCUGCUCUCCGGACGGCACCCGCAUCCCCGGCAACAUCGAGACCAACCAGGUGCCCCAGAUGAUCACCAUCACCUUCAACGGCGCCGUCAACGUGGACAACGUGGACCUGUACGACGAGAUCUUCAACGGGCAGCGCCAGAACCCCAACAGCUGUCAGAUCAGGGGCACCUUCUUUGCGUCGCACAAGUACACCAACUACGCCGCGCUGCAGGACCUGCACCGCCGCGGCCACGAGGUGGGCGUGUUCUCGCUCACCCACAAGGACGACCCCAACUACUGGACCGGCGGCUCCUACGACGACUGGCUGGCCGAGAUGGCCGGCGCGCGCCUCGUCAUCGAGCGCUUCUCCAACAUCACCGACGGCUCCAUCAUCGGCGUGCGCGCGCCCUACCUGCGCGUCGGCGGCAACAAGCAGUUCGAGAUGAUGGCCGACCAGUUCUUCGUGUACGACGCCUCCAUCACGGCCUCGCUGGGCCGCGUGCCCAUCUGGCCCUACACCCUGUACUUCCGCAUGCCCCACAAGUGCAACGGCAACGCCCAGAACUGCCCCUCAAGGUCGCACCCCGUCUGGGAGAUGGUGAUGAACGAGCUGGACAGGAGGGACGACCCCACCUUCGACGAGUCCCUGCCCGGUUGCCACAUGGUGGACUCGUGCUCCAACAUCCAGACCGGCGAGCAGUUCGGACGCCUCCUGCGCCACAACUUCAACCGCCACUACUCCACCAACCGCGCCCCGCUCGGCCUGCACUUCCACGCCUCCUGGCUCAAGAGCAAGAAGGAGUUCAGGGACGAGCUCAUCAAGUUCAUCGAGGAGAUGCUGGACAAGAACGACGUCUACUUCGUGACCAUGCUCCAGGUGAUCCAGUGGAUGCAGAACCCCACCGAGCUGACCUCGCUGAGGGACUUCGCCGAGUGGAAGGAGAAGUGCGACGUGAAGGGCCAGCCCUACUGCUCGCUGCCCAACGCCUGCCCGCUCACCACCAGGGAGCUGCCCGGCGAGACCGUCCGCCUCUUCACCUGCAUGGAGUGCCCCAACAACUACCCCUGGAUCCUCGACCCCACCGGCGACGGCUUCAACUCCAAGAAGUAACCGCCUGGACAACGGAGGGGGUCAGACUAGAACCUCGCUGCCGCCGCGCGAGAGGGGAGAUAUGUGGUCACUCCUGCAGUGCAAGAGUGCAAUAAGACUGUUUUGGGUGCCGUCGAGGUGAGACCGCUGCGACCACCUCGCCCGCCCAGGCACGUUCCACUGCGUUUCCGCGCGUGGCGCGCCAACUUUCGAACUGUCGCGGGGUUUAGUUCCCGCCAGGACCGCCAGGGGGCGACACUCAACUCUCGGCAGCGGCGGGGGCUCCUUGCAGCCUCCUUACUUUUGGACGCGUUUCGCCGUCCUUGUUUUGUGAUAUCCUUUCGGCCCUGUACCAGGGCUAGAAAGUCGUCGUGUAGUAAUUAGUGUAUGUGUGUGUGAGAGAGAGGAGAAGGCGCGAGCUUCGCGUCGUGUGGAAUUAUUUUCGACUUACGACCCGUCGAGUUCAAAUUCUGCAGAAAUUUGACUUAAACGGCAAUCGCCCUACAAGAAAAAAAAAGACUUUUUUAUUUUUGUAAGAAUAGGACGAUAGUCAGGCCAUGACCGCAGAGUGCUGGAGUUACAUGAGUUGUUAUCAUUUUUAUUCAUCUAAGUCAUCUCAUCACCAAACGUUGUUAUCAUCUUCAUCCUCGUCAGAAAAAGGAAAACAAGCUUCUUCUGAUUACAAAGUU